AUGACGUCGUCCAUGUUCAUGGAAAUAAUUUUACCUAACCCUACAAUGCCCGAACCGACCUGUGUUCGCUUAUCCUCACCCCGGACAAUACCUUACUUAAAAACUGUUGAUAUCAUUAUUGAUGAUUCGAAACGCAUUAUUCAAUAUUCAAAUUCAAGAAAAUUUUUGAUUGGAAAUCAAAAUGAGAUUAUUUUAAAUGAAAAGUUUAUAAAUUUCAAAUGGGUUAAAUAUUUUGAAAAGUUGAAUAAUUGUGAAAAAAAAUCAGAAUUUCUCAAGGCAUUACCUAAGAGGUUAUUGAAGGAAGGAAGAAACGCUUGCACAGCCCUGUUUGAUACAUUACAGAGAUUCAUGCGAAUGCUUGCACCUCCCAUUGAAACUCCACGUUCAACAAAAACUCAACCAACAAAACAUGAAGAACAGAAUACAAGAAAAAUUUGCAGACAAAUCAAAUACAAUUCCUACAUAAGGACUACAGUGACUGAUGUUUAUUGCAUGGGAGCCAGCAAGUGGAAAAUAGUUAGCAGCAACAAUGAGCUGGAAAUAAUAUGCUGGCCAGUCAAUCCAAUUAGUAAUCUUCAGAUAUGA